CGGUUUCUCCGUAUCUCCUCCUCCGCCGCCGCAGCCCGUGCACCGAAAAACUCGUCGCCGAUUCACCGUGCGGCGGGCCGGGGGAGGGGGCCGAAGGGAAACGCGUGCGUGCGACCGUGUGCGAAGGCGGGUGGUGCAUGUGCGUGCGCGUGCGCACCCGGCCCGACCGGCGACGACGAGACCGCCGAAUUCCGAUCUCGUCCGUAGUCCGCACCGCGUCACACGUAUCGCGCCGGCCGGUCGUCCACGACCGCGCAACAACCACACGGCACACAGUCCGACAACGCGCCCGCCGCCGUGCACUCUCCGCGACCGUUCGCCGAUCGGAAUCAGACGAAUUGAUCACCGUAACAGUUGUUCAUCGUUACRGCUUUUUGUCAGUGACCUUCCGUUUUCCGUUGUCGACUUCCCGGUUCCCAGGGCCGAGUUCGUAUCGCAACACAGCACGUCCGRCCCUUGACAGAUCGUUGCGCGCGGGUGGUCCCUUGGCUGGUAUGACAAUAAUUAUUACCGACAACGACGGAUCGUCGCGACCCCGGACACGACCAGACYCCAGUCAGGCAUGCGAUUGACGACGUACGCCAGCGGCGACGGUCGAGCAGCGGCGACAUGUUGAUGCGCCAUGUCAAGGCAUGGACGCUCUAAACAAUACGGUCCGGAACCGCCGCCGGCGGCCGUCUACACCAAGCCGCCGCCGCCGGUGCACGGCAACAACACGUACAACGGCCGAGCGCACCACCAUUACCAGCAGCAGUCACAACAGCAACACCAGCAAUUGCUGCUACAACAGCAAUUCUACGGCACGCAACAACAGCAACAGCAGCAGCAGCAGCAACAACAACAGCAACAGUCCCACGUGGUGGUCGGACCUAGGCCCCCGUCGAGCAGUCACCACCAUCACUCGUUGCCCAGAAAUGCCUGGAGCACGGACAGGCAUUCUCCRGCGGCCGGAUCUUCGUCGAACAGCUCGAACGACCGGGCGUAUGCUGCCAACCGCAGGGCAAAACAUCACCGGGUGUACAAUAGUCACCGGCAGACGUCUCGCGGUCACCACAAGAGCGAUGGUGGCGGCGGCGGCGGCGGCGGUGGUGCCACCACGGACCCGGACGCCCUGUCGUCGGUGACAACGGCCGGCGUCAAAUACAACCAAUUGCAGCAACCGCCGACACAACAUUUGAACCACCAAUCGCUGCACCAACUACACCAGCAACAGCAGCACCACCACCGGCCGCAGAUGGCGUCGGCCUGGCCACCGGUUGAACCGCCUCCUUCGGUCGUUCACCAUCUCCAGCAGCAGCCGGCCRCCGUCACACAAUACUUGCCGCAGCCGCCACCGCCACAGUUACCGCCGCAAAAUGCCGCCGCUGCGGCCGCGGUCUUGAGGCAACAUCACCAGCCACAGGCGGCGGUGCCACUGUUGCUGCCCUCGUGCGACGUAGCAGUCGACGCUUGCGGCGGCCACUGUCCGAGGUUCGAAAACUUCUGCCAUUUCUGCUUGCUGGUGUUUUAUUUCGCUGGCAUCACGGUGGGCUUCCUGAUGAUCAUGGCGGCCAUCGUGUCCACCCGGGACCCGCGGUUCCUGUACAUCGGUGGCCUGGUGCUGCCGGUCAGCGCGUUCCUGAUGGCCGUUCAGUGCCGGGUGCGGCAGGACGCCGACCGCCGGAAGCGUCACCGGCACCUGAACAGCCGGCACCACCACAGGUCGAACGCGGGCGCCCUGAUGGUGAUCAACAACAACAGCACCAACAGCAACCAACACAACGGCGGCGUUGCCGGCCAACCGUCGGCCACCGGGUCCGGCACGGCCGCCACCGCUGCCGCCGCCGAGAUCAUACCGCUGCAGAACAUCAUGGCGGCGGGCGGUGUCGAUAACAGCGGCACACUUCGCCGACAGUUCCAGGGCAACGUCUACCAGUACGUCGGCCAGAGGGACGGCAGCGAGACAAACUACAACGCGGUCAACGGCCAUCACUACGAGACGACGUCCGACCUACAGCAAGUUGAAGGAGUGCCAUGGUGGAGACGAGAAGACAACCGACCGUAUCACAACCGCACCCUUCACCAGUAACCAUAUACAACACACAUACCCUGUCCUCGGCUGCUCAUAAUUAUUAUUAUUUUUGUUUUUCAGUAGCCCUCGUCGACUGUGUGUUUAUAUAUUAUUAUUAUAAAUACGAUUUGUACCUAUAUUUAUAUAUAUAUUAUUCAUUAUUAAUAUUUUUAUUUUUUUGUCACUAAGUUUUUUAUGUCGCCCCGUUGCCUUGGUGCGACGUUUGUAUACGUUUAUAUACUUACAUUAUAUUAUUAAACAACGUUAUACGUGA